UUCUCUCGUGUUUGUACCAGCACUAACUACGUCAUCAUGCCUCUUCCUUCCCAUCUUCUCUCCAUUCCCAUCUCUCAUGCCCUAACCCUACUCCCCCAGCUCCCCCUCCCCGUGAUGUCCGACGACUUUCCGGCGGCCCCUCCCGAUUCCGCGGCCGCCGCCAACGCCGCCACUGCCGCUGCUGCCGCCGCUCCCUCCUCCUCCUCUUCCUCCGAUGAGCAGUGGAAACCCUCCACCCGCAAAACUCGCCCCUCUCGCUCCUGCACUUCUCGUUCACGUGCUCGCCCUCCCUCGCCGCUGCACGACCGCCGGUCCACCCGCCGGGAGAAGGACGACCCGUCGUCCGCUAUCAUCACCCCCCUCUCUCAACCCCCCGACUCCCCCUCUCUAAUCCCCCGCUGGUCGCUCCGAUCCAUGUGGGAGCUCGCUUCUUUGCUCAACUUUUUGAAUGUUUUCCGGCCCUUGUUGAAGAUUAAUGUAGAAUUUUCCGUGGAGGAACUUGAAACGGCUUUGAUCACCCCUAAUAGCACCCUUGAUGACAUCCAUAUUCCUCUUUUGAAGGCAAUUCCUCCUGUUACACGCAUGGCAUUGGGGCGUGCUACCUGGGUUACUGUAUUAUGCAGGAAACUAAAAGAUUGGUGGCAUUGGGUUGCAGAUGGAGAAAUACCUAUUGUAGCAUCUCAUGGGACGGAGAUUGAAACGUACAAGAACCUUGAGCCAGCGACCCGUGUAUUGAUUUUAAAAGCACUGUGUGACAUCCGUGUUGAGCAAGAAGAUAUUCGAAGUUAUAUUGACAAUUCUCUUAAACAUGGUGUUCAACUUUCAUCAUUUCGCAAAGAACGGCUUGGUGGGAAUUCACAUGGAACUUCAUAUUGGUUUGAGGAUGAUCCUAUUAUUGGCCAUCGAUUAUAUCGCGAAAUUAGACAGGCUGAGACUAAGAAGGUGAAGACAAAAGGGGCUUCCCAUGCCCUUCCAGUAUCUCCCCAGUGGGAGACUGUUGCUACCAAUCUAGAUGAGUUUCAAGUUGUUUCAGAUAAACUUCUCGCAAGUAAAAAUAAGACAGAAGUUAGCCUUGCGAAGAAGUUAAAGAUUGACAUUUUACCAGAAGUUGAAAAAAUUCAUAAGAGGAAAGAAAAAUUGCUAAAAAAGCAGCACAGAGAAGCCCUACUUCUUGAUAGCUAUAUGACUGCAGAUGGGCUUUCUACAGGACGUUCCCUUCGUGAUAGGAAGCCUGUUACCUAUACUUUCGAUGACUAUGAUCGGUCCAUUAAUGAGGCUAUAAAGAUAACCAAGAAAAGGCAAACUUCUCCGGAGCUUGUUGUUAAUAGAGAGGUGGCUAAAGCUGAGGCAUCUAAUGGUAAUGGGACUGAGCUAUCGCAAGCUCGGGAAGAAGUAUAUUAUGAUACAGCUUCUCCAAAGUCAAAUGAAUAUGAAGAAAGUGAAGGGGAGGAUGACAUGGAACCUCUUGAUAGGAGCAACCGACGAAGACGAAGGCCUCAGAGAUAUUUAGAAAGAGAGUUUGUUCAAGCUGUUUCAGAUGACGAGGCAGACUUUGGCAGUGAUGAUGACAUAGUCGGUGAAGCAGUGUAUGAUGAGGAAUACCUCAGAAGCCGAAAUCAGAAGAAAGCCUCAAGUAGCUCUGAGGGGGAUGAGGAAUACCGGUGGGAGGGAAAUUCAGAAGAUGAGGAUGAGGAUGAUUCCUUCAGUGCCAGUGAAGAUACAGAUGAGGAUCAUCAUCGAAAGAAAAAGUCUUCAAUACAGAAUAAGCGUGGAAGGAAACUAAGAUUAGUAGAUGAACUUCAGUCUGGUUUAAGACGAAGCAAGCGGUCCAGCCGCCAACGUGUCAAUUAUCGGCAGUAUGACCAGUCGGACUCUGAUGUUGACUCUGCCAAGUCUGAAAAAUCCAAUGGCUCGAGCAGGCCUUCUGAUGCAAGUGAUGACAUGGAAGUGUCCACAGCAAGUCAAGACUCUGCUGAUGAGGAACAUGCUGCUGAAGAAACAAAUGUUGAGGAACAAAAUGACUCCACAGCAAAUAUAGAAAAGCAGCCCCAGUUGGCAGAGAACUUGGAUGCUCGAGGAAAGGAAACAGAGGGUGCCUUCAGAAGGAAGUUUCUUGAUCUCAAUGAGAUAGCCCCAGGCAAUGGUUUCGACGAUGAUGAUCCAGAUGCCAUGGACAAAGAUGAAGGCACCGGAAAUAUUUAGUCAUAUCACACCAGAUCCUUCCCGUGAAUUUCACCGGGUUCUCAUCUGAACUUCAAAAUUUAAAAGCUGCAAGCUUGAUGAGAUUGUAUACUAGCCCUAAGUUUUGUAGCACAUGAAGGGGUUUCUUACAACUCUAAUUACUCCCCUACGAUACUGGCAGGUAGAUGCCAAUACAGCAGAGCAUGAUUAUGGGAAUGAUAUACGAGCAGAGGAUGUAUUGAUUCCUCGCAUCGGUGUACUUUAUUUCUGAGUUGCAUUCACAAAGUUGGAGGUUUAUCAAUCCAAGUUUUCAGUGCAUUGAACA